AUGUGCUUACCAAGCAGUCACGUAAUAGUGUGCAAGCCACGACCAGUGUCCUUAAAACUGCAAUGGGAGAGUCCACUACAGUGCACGGGGAAACUAUUGCUGAAGGUUAAAAUUGGUGGUGCAGAGGUCUCACAUGUAGACUUAGUUCCCAAUAUUUCAACCAAGUUUAUACUUGGCCUUGACUUUCUUAUGGCUUACGGUUGUUCUGUGGAUACUGGACUGGGCAGCCUACGCAUUGUAGCAAAGGAGAUGCCUCUUCAUAAGCCAUUGGCUUUCCAAGUAGCGCGCUGCCACCAAGUGGUGGCUAUGGAAGAUACUGUUAUCUCUCCUUACAGUGAAAUACUGGUACCCACUAAAAUUAUAGGUGAGCCAUAUGGUGAACCCUUGGGGACAGUAGGGCCAUCAGCUACCACCACACUCCCGCCCAGAGUUAUGCUCAGAAAAACAUUAGUGGAUGCUCAGCGUGACUACAUUCCAGGGCGGAUGGUCAACCUAACUAAUGAGCCAAGACAGAUUGCCUCUGGUAUAGAAGUGGCUACUUGUGAACCUGUAGGGAGCAUAGUUUCCCCUAACAGUGACCCCCAUCGCGAGCCUAUUAGACCAGAUGAGGGCCUACCAGAGCAUCUCAAAGAUCUCUACCUCCGAAGUGCUGGUGGGUUGACCACCGACCAACAGCAUCAAUAUUGCACCCUUUUGCUCGAAUUCCAAGACAUCUUCUCUAGUGGNACCCUAGGGGACAGUAGGGCCAUCAGCUACCACCACACUCCCGCCCAGAGUUAUGCUCAGAAAAACAUUAGUGGAUGCUCAGCGUGA